CCUGUCUGAUGAGGAGAUGGCUGAUGCCCAGAACGUUUCGCUAGACAGCCCAGGGAGUAUGGGGGCUGUGGCAGUGCCCGUGGUCUUUGCCCUCAUCUUCCUGCUGGGCACAGUGGGCAAUGGGCUUGUGCUGGCAGUGCUGCUGCAGCCCGGCCUGAGUGCCUGGCAGGAGCCGGGCAGCACUACGGAUCUGUUCAUCCUCAACCUGGCAGUGGCCGAUCUCUGCUUCAUCCUGUGCUGCGUGCCUUUCCAGGCCGCCAUCUACACGCUGGAUGCCUGGCUUUUUGGGGCCCUCGUUUGUAAGGCUGUGCACCUGCUCAUCUACCUCACCAUGUACGCCAGCAGCUUCACACUGGCGGCUGUCUCGGUGGACAGGUACCUGGCCGUACGGCACCCGCUGCGCUCGCGGGCCCUGCGCACGCCGCGCAACGCCCGCGCCGCCGUGGGUCUGGUCUGGCUGCUGGCGGCGCUCUUCUCGGCGCCCUACCUCAGCUACUACGGCACCGUGCGCUACGGCGCGCUCGAGCUCUGCGUGCCCGCCUGGGAGGACGCCCGCCGCCGCGCCCUCGACGUGGCCACCUUCGCCGCCGGCUACCUGCUGCCCGUGGCCGUGGUGAGCCUGGCCUACGGACGCACGCUGCGCUUCCUGUGGGUGGCCGUGGGUCCCGCGGGCGCGGCGGCGGCCGAGGCCCGGCGCAGAGCCACGGGCCGCGCGGGGCGCGCCAUGCUGGCGGUGGCCGCGCUCUAUGCCCUCUGCUGGGGCCCGCACCACGCGCUCAUUCUCUGCUUCUGGUACGGCCGCUUCGCCUUCAGCCCGGCCACCUACGCCUGCCGCCUGGCUUCGCACUGCCUCGCCUACGCCAACUCCUGCCUCAACCCACUGGUCUACGCGCUCGCCUCGCGCCACUUCCGCGCGCGCCUCCGCCGCCUGUGGCCCUGCGGCCGCCGCCGCCCCCGCUGCCCCCCGGGCUCCCGCCGCGCCCUCCGUCGCGUCCGCCCGGCGUCCCCAGGCCCUGCCGGCUGCCUCGGGGACGCUAGGCCUCUCGGGCAGCUGCCGACGGGCGGCGGCUGGGGCGGGGAGCCGGGUCGGGAACCGGCCCGCGGCAGAGAGGCUGGCUGGGCCCUGCCUGCCCGAGGACCGGAAUAAACC